UGAACAAAAUAUACAGGAGAUUAGUAAUAAAAUGGCCGUGUCGUCGUGUCAAGUCGGACGACGAGUGAUUUGGUGACCAAGUUAUACAUGAAAAUACGAUUGUGUUGAAAAGUCAAAAAAUACAAAGGUGAAAAUGAGUGAUCCAUCGCGUAAAGUGAAAAAUCCACUUCUGACAGCUGCCGGUCAGGGAUUUCCAUUUGAGGGUUAUUCCACGAAUGCCCUUCUAAUGCCAAUAACACCUGCCACACCUGCUAUACUUCAAGAUGUCGCUCCGGAAGAGAGCUCGGCGGUGAAAGAGCCGCUCCCCGGAGCCCCGUCGCAGCCCAGUGCGAGUAAAGAAGUCGAAUUUCCGGUUGCACAAGAUCAGUCAACGAUUUCCCAUCAGUCUGAGCCAGCGCGAAGGGAUCCGAGCGAUCAAGCACCGAAACAAAGUUACUUCGGAUCGAUUCUGUCCUCCUUUCCUAAUCUCUCGCUUUCCUCGAUAACCGGCGACACCGCCGGGUCCCAAACGAUAUAUUCUCAACAAGCCGGAAGCACGAAUCCUGACGGAGCACGCGAAGCUUAUGGAUUCUCACAGAAUCCCUACGCCCCGUCAACUGCUCCCGGAGCUUUCGUAGCGAAGGAUCCAACACGCGAUACUUUCGGUCAACAUCCUCAAGGAUUUUCGGAUAUUGGAUUCGCACCGCCACCGAUUGCCUCGGAAGCCUCGCAGCCGCGACCCGCUGUCCCGACUCUUCCCCCUUCCGGUGGUCCAGGCUCAUCAUAUCGCUUGGGAAAUCAGCGACGUCUGAAAUACGCGCCGCCUCCUGAUUUGACAUCGAGCGCUCCGAAGCAGCUUCCGAUAUCGGAAAAUUUCUUCGUUCCGUCGCAGCAGCCUACCGCGGCGUCGGCUGCCGCGGAGUACUUCACGCCGAGUCCGGUGGUUCCGUCACUUCCGAGCAGUAGAAGCUCGCCAGGUUCGGGAUCGAAUCCGCAGUCCGGAGCCGGCAGUCUUCAUGGUUCGCAGUCUUUUCCCUCGGGAUUUCCGCCUUCGUCGAGUGCGACAGUUCAGCAGACGCCGUUCUAUAAUCCACCGAGAGAUCCUGCAAGCUCGGUGCCGUUCCGACCAGCUCCGAAUCCAUACGAUCCUGGAAUCGUCAACUCUUCGAGCUCCAGUCAAAUUCUGAUCUCCUCACCUCGCGAAAUACCCUCGAGAUUCCCCGAGACAGCGACGCCUCAAAACACCCCGGCGAAUGCUUCGUACGCUGGUUUCGCAGCGUCUUAUGCAGCAAACAACCCGGAAAGUUUGAUACCCAAAGAUCAUGUCGAGCCACGAGUUUAUACGAGCUCUUCAGGCCCAACCAAGUUUCCCGAAGGCUUGACCUUCGACGUUCCAUCCUCAGCGUACUCGAGAAACAAUGUUUUACCGACCGACGGUUGCAUCAUCGAGCCCAACGUAAGCGCUGCGACGAAUGACGCCCAAACUUGUGCAUCCGCAGCGACCGAGAACAGCAGUUUUACUCUAAAAUCCGCGGCCAAGGUCACCGCUAAGUUAGAGCACCUUCUGGCCGAGAGAGAGGAAGAUUCCGUUGUACCGAGCUCAGGAGCACAAGGCGCCUUUGGCGAAGACAAUAAGCAAGCAACCAAGUCCGAAGGGAGCGAGGAUUUGGCGGAAAUUGAUUUGACGUCGAGCGAUUCGUUGCCACAAGAAUCGUCGACCCAGGGACCAACUUCGGCUCCCCUGGUACCGAGCCCUUUGGAUUUUUCACCUACGUUGGUCAGUGAAAGUUCUCCCAGAAGCGGGAUCCACCCGAACGCACCUGCGGAAGUCCCGUCGCAGUCGAGCUCGGUCAUUGAUUCGUUUUCGCUAAAUCCGCUCCAGGAAACGCUACCGCCUGUCGCUAAUUUCUUCAGCACUGCCGGGAACAAACGGGAAGCCCCUGGAGCUUUUUACAAUCCGCAGAUCCCAGCCCAAACGCAGUACGCUCAGAGUCAGUUCUUCACUCCAAAGCCACAGAGCAUUGGGUCGAACGCGCCAUCACAGUUCUCGAGCGCACCUACUCAGCCAAAUUCUACAACGAGCACAGCACAAUUCAUUCCAGCGUUGUACAAUCCCAACAAUUUUUCAGCCCCUACACAGAACUCACCGUUUCCCACUUAUUCACCUCACUUCCCUCCGGAUAGUGGAAUCCCUACGCAAAACUCAUUCACAAACGUCCUCAGUUCGAGUCCCCCGAACUUCCCGAGCAGUGGCUCUUUCCUGGGCACUGCUAUGCCAGAACCCACGGGAUCGGCGACUCUUAAUCCCGUGCAGAUGUCCGUUAGCCCUGGAAUUGGACGCUCAAACACAGAUACCGUACCUCCCAGUCUUCAGAGUCUCGCUGCUGGUCCAACAGAUCGUAGAAUGGUGUACAGACCGGUUUAUCACCAUUGGUUCUACCGAAAAGAAGUGGAGACCAAGGUGCUCUGGCUGCCAUUUUCUAUGCAAGACAGUCUGAGUCUCGAGGAAGUUCACAAUUCUUCUGAAAUCACGCCAGAGACGACCGUCGCUACGGACGGUGGCCGUUACGACGUUGAUAUCCUCAGGCGUACUAGAACUCCAGUUUACUGGACCGGCAACGCGACAGAAGUAAGACGUUCGUCAUGGUUUUACAAAGGCUCGACUGAGUCGCGUUACAUCCCAUACGAGGAAAGUAUCUCAGCUCGUCUCGAAGAGGAAUACAAGCAGGCUUGUUUAACGGACAAUUGGAAUCGUCGCGUUGAAUUGAACAAUGGCGAGUACAUCGUUUUUCACAGUACGACCGUCCAGGUCCAUCACAUGCCAGCAACUUCCCCCGAACCCGCAACGUCUUGGGGCAACAGUGCCGAUUCAGAGACCGGUACAUAUUUGCAGGGUGCCACGAGCAGACCAAAAGUGGUCAAACGCGGGGUCGAUGAGUUCAACAUUGACGAGGGUGAACCCGAGAAAGUUGAUCAUCUUCUCUUCCUUGUACACGGUAUCGGGAGUGUAUGCGACUUGAAAUUUAGAACCGUCGAAGAAGUUGUCGAUGAAUUUCGAAGCAUAUCUCUACAAUUGGUUCAAUCCCAUUACCGUACUGCGAGUAUGCACGGAGUCGUGAAUCGUAUCGAAGUACUUCCAAUAUCGUGGCACACGACUCUGCAUUCAGAGGACACCGGUAUCGAUAAGAAACUUCGUGCGAUAACUCUGGAAAGCAUACCAAAACUUCGACACUUUACGAACGACACGUUGCUCGACAUUCUCUUCUACACGAGCCCGAUAUACUGCCAAACGAUAAUGCAAACCGUUGGUAAUGAGAUGAACAGACUUUACUCGUUAUUCAGAGACCGAAAUCCCGACUUCGAAGGUUCCGUCUAUCUCGGUGGCCAUUCGCUCGGAAGUUUGAUACUCUUUGACUUACUCUGCCACCAAAAACCGCCCGCAGAAGAGGCUAAAGAUGAAACGGAUCCUGUACCUUCGAGUGUUGAUAGCAGAGGCGACGAUGAUGCAGAAGAUUCCUUGAAACCUAUGCCUGUGCCGAUACUAAAACGUCGACUGAGCAAAAAAGUCAGUUACGUCAUGGGGGCUGCUGGCACCGGCCAACCGUUUAUAAAUUAUCCGCAACUCAGUUUUCUUCCUCAAGCCUUUUUUGCACUCGGUAGUCCAAUUGGAAUGUUCGUUACUGUACGAGGGAUCGAUACACUGGGCGAAGACUUUGUUCUUCCGACGUGUCCGGCCUUUUUCAAUGUUUUCCAUCCCUUUGAUCCUGUCGCUUAUCGGGUUGAAUCUCUCAUCAAUUCCGAUGCUCAAAAAUAUCGACCGAUGCUUAUUCCCCAUCACAAGGGACGAAAGAGAAUGCAUUUGGAAUUGAAAGAAACAAUGGCUCGAGUGGGUGCUGAUCUCAAACAAAAGCUAUUGGACUCGGUGCGAAGUACCUGGAACUCGGUUUACCAAUUGGCGAUGUUCCACCGUCCGGAGAAUCAAUCAUUUGAGCAGGAGAUUGAAAAAGUUGUAGAGGAACAACUGCAAAAAUCGCCGAGCGUUCAUGAGCAACAAAACGACGAUGACGGUGGGGCUGAUUUUCGAGUUGGCCAAUUGAACGGUGGACGAAGAAUAGAUUACGUGUUACAAGAAGCACCUUUCGAGUAUAUCAACGAAUACAUUUUCGCAUUGACCAGCCACGUUUGUUAUUGGGAAUCCGAGGAUACGAUGUUGAUGAUAUUGAAGGAGGUGUACGGUGGCAACGGGAUUCAGGCUGACGCUCAAUUGCCACCGCAGACGAUGACGAUCGAGCGAGCAUCGCCGUCGCCCUCGAUCGCAACGAUGUCCGGUGUCUCGACGCCGCGUCAAGCGCCAUCUGAAGCAACGAGUCCGAUAGGAUUCGAUCCGACAGCGCCGAUAGCCAACAAGCCAGUCGGACCACCUCCCAUGUCCGGUUUCGUAAGGAAAUCGUGAUGCAACGUGAAACCUCAAUCAAAGACGACAGUCCUUAGAGAAACAAAAAUGAACAAAAAUUUGUAAAUGGAGAAUGAUGCUGGGAUCGCGGAGGCUUGAUGAAGACGUAUUUUCAAACUUCAAGAACUCGAGGAGUGAUGCGAAUAAAAGAAAAGAAGAAAAAUGCUUUAAUUCGUCCUGACGAAUUGUUGAAUUUAUAUUUGACGGACUGACAAAUACCGCACGAUGCUUCGGCAGUGCGAUCAUAUCGAGCAACCAAGUGCCCGCGCGUGCGUUUUCAAUUAAGGAAAAAGCGGAUGAGAUAAAAAUAGAAAAAGAGACUAAACAAUGACAAGAAAAUUGUGAAUUGUUGUGCAAAAAAACAAAGUGAAAAAAGCUGUGGAGAAUCGUGAUGUACAGAAGAAUUUUAAAGCAUACAUCGAAUUUGUCAAUUGUCAAAUCAUCGAGAGAAACUACGGAUAUUAUGGGAAUGUUUAUUAAUUUCGAAGGGUUGUUUAUCAGACGAAAAUGAUUGUUAUUACGAUAUCUGGAAAUCGGGUUCAAUUGAUUUUCCACUAAAAUUGAUAUCAGUGAUUGACGUUUAUCAUAUACUGAUGAAAAAUAACAAACAAACAAACUGAGAUGAAUCAACAAUUGUUUCUAUACGCCCAUAUUUAUAUUCUUACAAAGAAUAAAUUAAAUUCUCUAA